ACUGCUAAGCUUUUCACUGUUGUUGGGAUUUGUUUGGUUUUGGUGUUGGUUGGCUUGAAAAUCUUUGAUGAUGGCUACAUUUCUCCUAUACUUCAAUUAAGAUUGUGAUUUUUAGUGGGUUUUGUGCUGCAGUUUUGGUGUAUUAAUGAGGUCUUCAGAUUUGUAGCUUUCUUGAAGUGUGAUUUGAGCUGAAGAUUGGACCAGAAUCUGUUUUCAUUGGUUGAGAAGGCAAUGGAUAUGGAUGGAGAUGCAGCAGGGACCAAAAAUGUAAAACAAACUGCAACCCAGGUCUGCCAGAUCUGCAGUGAUGAUAUUGGCAGGACCAUGGAUGGUGAACCCUUUGUUGCUUGUCAUGUUUGUGCAUUUCCUGUUUGCCGUCCAUGUUAUGAGUAUGAGAGGAAAGAUGGUAAUCAGUCUUGUCCCCAAUGCAAAACCAAAUACAAGAGGCAUAAAGGUAGCCCUCCAAUUCGUGGGGAGGAAGUGGAAGAUGCCGAUUUUAGUGAUGUGCAAAAUAAGUCAAAUCAUCAUGCUUCAGGGAUUCAAGAAGAGAAGCAUAGGAUAGAGCACAUGCUGGGUUGGGAUGCAGGUUCUGGUCGAAAAGAUUAUGUUCCACCUACGAACUAUGAUAAAGAGGUUUCUCUUAAUCAUAUUCCUUAUCUGGUUGGCAGACGCUCGAUUUCUGGGGACUUGUCAGCUGCAUCUCCUGAGCGUUUCUCAAUGGCUUCUCCUGAAAGUGGCAGCAGAGUUAAUAUCAGAGUUGGAGAUCCAGCAAGGGAGUCUGGCUUGUCAGGGUUUGGUAAUGUUGCCUGGAAAGAGAGGAUUGAAGGUUGGAAGAUGAAGCCAGAGAAGAAUCCUGCUCCAAUGAGCGUCAGUAAUGCACCAUCUGAAGGCAGGGGUGGUGGAGAUUUUGAUGCAAGCACUGAUGUGCUCAUGGAUGAUUCUUUAUUGAAUGAUGAAACCCGCCAGCCUCUCUCGAGGAAGGUUUCUGUUCCUUCCUCUAGGAUUAACCCCUACAGGAUGGUUAUUGUUUUGCGGCUUAUUAUUCUUUGCAUUUUUUUGCAUUACCGUAUAACAAAUCCAGUGCGAGAUGCCUAUGCUUUGUGGUUAAUAUCUGUUAUCUGUGAGAUAUGGUUUGCAAUAUCGUGGAUAUUGGAUCAGUUCCCUAAAUGGCUUCCUGUGAAUCGUGAAACAUAUCUUGAUAGGCUAGCUCUCAGAUAUGAGAAAGAAGGAGAGCCAUCUCAGUUGGCUGCUGUUGACAUUUUUGUCAGUACAGUGGACCCUUUAAAGGAACCUCCACUCGUCACAGCCAACACAGUCCUCUCUAUUCUUGCAGUUGACUACCCUGUUGACAAAGUUUCUUGCUAUGUUUCUGAUGAUGGAGCUGCUAUGCUGACAUUUGAAGCCCUGUCUGAAACAUCUGAAUUUGCUAGAAAAUGGGUUCCUUUCUGCAAGAAGUACAACAUUGAACCACGAGCUCCAGAAUGGUACUUUGCACAGAAGAUUGACUACUUAAAAGAUAAGGUCCAACCAACAUUUGUUAAAGACCGCAGAUCUAUGAAGAGAGAGUAUGAAGAAUUUAAAGUUCGAAUCAAUGGGCUUGUCGCAAAGGCACAGAAGGUUCCUGAGGAAGGAUGGGUGAUGCAAGAUGGUACACCUUGGCCCGGAAAUAACAUCAGAGAUCAUCCAGGAAUGAUCCAGGUUUUCUUGGGCCACAGUGGAGGAUUUGACAGUGAGGGUAAUGAACUUCCACGACUAGUAUAUGUAUCUCGUGAGAAGCGUCCUGGUUUUCAGCAUCACAAAAAGGCUGGUGCCAUGAAUGCACUUGUGCGUGUAUCAGCAGUUCUUACCAAUGGGCCCUUCUUGUUAAAUCUUGAUUGUGAUCAUUACAUAAACAACAGCAGGGCAUUGAGAGAAGCAAUGUGUUUUCUAAUGGAUCCUAAUCUUGGAAGAUCAGUUUGUUAUGUCCAGUUUCCCCAGAGAUUUGAUGGGAUUGAUAAGAAUGAUCGAUAUGCCAACCGUAAUACUGUUUUCUUUGAUAUAAAUUUAAGAGGAUUGGAUGGCAUCCAAGGUCCUGUAUACGUGGGUACGGGUUGCGUAUUCAAUAGAACAGCAUUGUAUGGCUAUGAACCUCCUAUCAAGCCUAAGCAUAAGAAACCAGGAGUGCUCUCUUCAUGCUUUGGGGGAUCCCGAAAGAAGAGUUCUAGAUCAGGCAAAAAUAAAAAUAGUAAGAAAAAAUCAAGCAAGCACAUUGACCCUACCGUGCCAGUGUUCAAUUUGGAAGAUAUAGAAGAGGGGAUUGAAGGCGCUGGAUUUGACGAUGAGAAGUCACUGCUCAUGUCACAAAUGACACUUGAAAAAAGGUUUGGUCAAUCAGCUGUAUUUGUAGCUUCAACACUUAUGGAGAAUGGUGGUGUUCCUGAGUCUGCUACCCCAGAAUCUCUUCUCAAAGAAGCCAUUCAUGUCAUUAGCUGUGGAUAUGAGGACAAGACAGACUGGGGAAGUGAAAUAGGAUGGAUAUAUGGUUCUGUUACGGAAGAUAUCCUUACAGGAUUCAAGAUGCAUGCUCGUGGUUGGAGAUCAAUCUAUUGCAUGCCACAUCUUGCUGCCUUUAAAGGUUCUGCACCUAUUAACCUCUCUGAUCGUCUAAAUCAAGUGCUUCGCUGGGCUUUAGGUUCAGUUGAGAUUCUUUUUAGCCGCCACUGCCCCAUAUGGUAUGGCUAUGGUGGAAGACUAAAAUGGCUUGAGAGAUUUGCUUAUGUCAAUACCUCAAUUUAUCCUGUCACAUCCAUUCCUCUUCUCGCGUAUUGUACAUUGCCAGCCGUCUGUCUUCUUACUGGAAAGUUCAUUAUUCCACAGAUCAGUAACAUUGCCAGUAUCUGGUUCAUAUCCCUCUUUCUUUCUAUCUUUGCUACUGGUAUUUUGGAAAUGAGAUGGAGUGGUGUUGGAAUUGAUGAGUGGUGGAGAAAUGAACAAUUCUGGGUUAUUGGAGGCGUAUCAGCUCACCUUUUUGCUGUUUUCCAAGGCCUGUUGAAAGUCCUUGCUGGAAUAGAUACCAAUUUCACUGUCACUUCUAAAGCAUCUGAUGAAGAUGGAGAUUUUGCUGAGCUUUAUAUGUUCAAAUGGACCACCCUACUCAUUCCACCAACCACUCUCCUUAUAAUUAAUCUGGUUGGAGUAGUUGCUGGAAUUUCCUAUGCCAUUAACAGUGGCUAUCAAUCUUGGGGUCCUCUCUUUGGCAAGCUAUUCUUUGCUUUCUGGGUGAUUAUCCAUCUAUAUCCCUUCCUUAAGGGUUUAAUGGGACGGCAGAACCGGACACCUACAAUUGUUGUUGUAUGGUCAAUUCUCCUUGCCUCUAUCUUCUCCUUACUCUGGGUUCGCAUUGAUCCUUUUACAACCCAGGUGACUGGCCCAGAUGUCGAGCAGUGUGGAAUCAACUGCUAGUGGAUAAUCCUUUUGCAAAGCGGAAAAAUGUCAUGACCUGCAGGAAUAAAAGUUUUGGAUAUUUAUUCUGAUAUCCUUAUUUGGAAGAAUUUGAAGGUAUAAGCUUUUAGCUUUGUGUAGUGCGAGUCUGGCAAUUAAUUGUUUCAUAAGUAAAGAAUUAUAGGUUUAUUUCCUUCUUAAGCUGAUUAUUCUUUUUUUUUCAUAAUUUAAUAUUUCGUUUUUCUGAAAUAAAUUGAAUAGUUUGUUUCAAUUUUUAAUUCAAUGAUAUCAAAAAGAUUGGCUUUUGAUGAUA